AUGAAUCUGCCAACAUCAUGGCUGAUGCUUACAGCAUGGCUGCUUGCGCUGGUCGAAUGCGCAGCUUCAUCCUUUGCGACCCUUACUGACGACGACUUACGGAACAUACCUUCGCCCGGCGACGAUUUCGAUAUUCAUAAUGGCAAGCUGCUGGCUCCCAUCCUGAUCCCCCGCGUGCCGGACACAGAUGGAUCUCGCAAGGUCCAACGGCACUUUGUCGACUUCUUCCGAGACAGCCUGCCAGAGUGGCAGAUAAUUUCGCAAAACUCGACCUUCAAGACCCCUGUGUCGGGCGAUAAAGAAGUUCCCUUUACCAACUGGAUCUUCAGGCGAGAUCCGCCUUGGGCGAACGUGGGUGAUGUCGGCCGGCUCACUCUUGUUGCACACUACGACAGCCUCUCCACCUUGGAUGGCUUCAUCGGCGCAAUUGACAGUGCCGCUCCAUGUGCCAUGCUUUUGCAUGUUGCCAGGAGUCUUGAUGAGGCUUUGACGUCCAAGUGGAAGUCCAUGCAGGACAGCGGCGAGGACGGUCUUGAGGAGCCCAAGGGUGUCCAGAUUUUACUACUUGACGGAGAGGAGGCCUUUCAAGCUUGGACUGACACUGAUUCCAUUUAUGGAGCACGUGCCCUUGCCGCGGACUGGGAAUCGCAAAGGUACGACCCAAUGUCUACGUAUAAGACCCCCUUGAGCUCCAUUAGUCUCUUUGUGCUUCUUGAUCUUCUCGGGAACGCAAACCCACGAGUUCCAUCGCAUUUCUUGACCACCCACUGGGCAUACAGAAGUAUGGCCGAACUUGAGAAGCGGAUGCAGGAUCUUGGCAUUCUCGAAGCCAAGCCCAAAACCCCGUUUCUGCCAGACGCAGAUAAGGAUGUUUCCACCUUUCAUGGUAGCAGAAUUGGUGAUGACCACGUCCCGUUCAUGACCCGUGGUGUAGACAUUUUGCAUCUCAUCCCUGACCCCUUCCCGUGGCACCUAUGGCAUAAGAUGGCGGAUGAUGGCGAGCACUUGGACCUACCGACUUGUCGGGACUGGUCUAAGAUCGUAACAGCAUUCUCGAUGGAGUUCUUAGAGUUGGCAAAUCAUAUACCCAAAAGAUCGAACGUGGAUCGGUUAGGAGAUGUGAAGCAGGGAGACCAGAAGAAGCGUUCGGAUUUAUAG